AUGGAGCGGCAGCAGGAGCUGAAGGUGCUGCUGAAGCGCUGGGAAGCAGAAUUCCUGCGGGAGCGGCUCCGCAAACCCAGCCAGGCCGACAUCGAGGAGGCUCCGGCGGAAACGCGCAAACUUUCCCUUCCUCCCUCCCUGAAAAAAAAUCCCCAAAAUUCCCCAGAAUUCCCAGACCAAAAUCCCAAUUUUUUCCCCAUUCCUGGAAAAUUCCAGCGUCUCCAACGGAGCGUGGCCCAAACCUUGGCAUCUCUGGACCCCGCCUGGAUCCAGAGGUGCGAGGAAUCCCAAAAAACCUGGGAAUUUUCGGGACCUGCGGCGGAAGUUUUGGGGAAUGUGGGGAGGAAAAGGCCCCGGGACGGGGAUGGAGACGUCGAGGCUCCGGCCAAGGUGGGCAGAGAAUCCAAACCCGGAAUUCCUGAGCUGAGGGAAAACCCAGAAAAGGAGAAGGAAAAAGAAAAAGAAGAAGGAAAAAUUCCCAAACGGAUCCGGAGAAUUCUGGAGGAGGAAGAGGAAGAGGAGGAGGAAGAACCCAAAACCACACGCAGGGCUCGAGCCCCGGCCCGGGGCAAUUUCGUCCGCCUCAACCUGAAGAGAAAAUCGUAUUCCCGCGCAUCCAUGAGGGGAAAAUUCCUCCGCAAACAGGUUUGGAAGCAAAAAUGGAGAAAAAAGUUCGGGGGGGCACUGGGCCUCGGAGUGCCGAGGGAAGGAUUUGGGAUCGUUCCCCGAGGAAGUUCCGCAGGAGAAGCCGCUCCUCACUCUGGAGGAAGUGGCCCAAAGAACCAAUGGAGAUUUUAUCCCAGAAAUUCCCGAUGGCUCCAACCCAGAGAAUUCCCAGCUCGCCUUGGAUUCCCUGGAAUUCCCUCAGAAUUCUCUGGAAUUUUCCCCCCCCCCCCCAUGGAUCCCCUUUACCCCCCAAACCCCGAUGGGACCGUCCCAGAUCCUCCUGAGGAGGUGCUGGAAGCUCUGAGAACGUUGGGAUUCGAUUCCUUCCGCCCUGGCCAGGCUGAGGCUGUCAUGAGGGUCCUUUCUGGAAUCUCCACACUGCUGCUGCUGCCCACAGGCUCGGGCAAAUCCCUGUGUUACCAACUCCCCGCCUUCCUCUACCACCGCCGGUCCCCCUGCAUCUCCAUCGUCAUCUCCCCCCUCGUCUCCCUCAUGGACGACCAGGUUUCCGGCCUCCCCUCAGCUCUCAAAGCCGUCUGCAUCCACUCCAACCUCACCCCAUCCCAGCGAAGCAGCGUUUCCCACCAGGUCAGGAGCGGCCGAGCCCAAAUCCUGCUGCUUUCCCCGGAAUCUGUGACGGGGUCAGAAUUUUUUUCCCGCCUUUUCCGCCAUUUCCCUCCCGUGGCUUUCGCCUGCCUGGACGAAGCUCAUUGCAUCUCCCAAUGGUCCCACAAUUUCCGACCCGCUUACCUCAGGGUCUGCAAGGUUCUCCGGGAGCGUUUGGGCGUUCGGUGCUUCCUGGGCCUCACGGCCACGGCCACGGUGGCCACGGCUCGGGACGUGGCAGAACAUUUGGGGAUUCCCGAGGGAAAUUCCACCGUCGGCACCUUCGGAAUUCCCGAAAAUCUGCGGCUCUCCGUGUCCCUGGAGGCCGACCCGGAUCAGGGCGUGCUGCGGGUGCUGCGCGAGUGGAGCCGGGAGAAUUUUGGGAAUUGCGGCGAUUUUGGGAAUUCUGUGAUCGUUUAUUGCACGCGCAGGGAGGAGAGCGAGCGGCUGGCGGCGCUGAUCCACAACGAGUUCCCUGAGGUGCCGGGGACAAAAACCCUGAAAGGGGUGCUGUGCGCCACGGCCUGCGUGGGCCUGGGCAUCCACUGCGGCCGCGUCAGGGCCGUCCUGCUCCACGGCGGCACCGCCUGCGCCGAGAGCUUCCUGCAGCACGUGGGCAGGGCCGGCAGGGACGGGCAGCCGGCCCGGGGACACCUGUGUCUGCACAGCGGGGGUGAGGAUUUUCUGGAAUUGCGUCGCCGCAUCCAUGAAAACUCCGUGGAUUUCUGGGCGGUCAAGGCUUUGGUGCAGAGAGUUUUUGCUCCUUGUCAAUGCCCAGAAAUUGCGGGGCAAAAUCCGGAAAAUUCCCAGCUCGCUUCGGAGACACUCGGUGCCGCUCUGUGUGUACGGCGCGCCUCGGCUCGCUUCGGAGACACUCGGAGCCGCUCGGUGUGGUCGGCCCGCCUCGGCUCGCUUCGGAGACACUCGGAGCCGCUCGGUGCGUUCUCCGCGGCGCGGCGCGGCUCCCUGAGGGCGGGCAAGCGGCGCCGCCUCACGUUAAACUCGCCUAGCUCGGGGCUCUCCUGCUGCCGCGUCCCGCGGGCGGCCCGGCCAUCGCACGGACACGACCGGGAGCGCGGGCGGGGACAGGAGCUCAUUAGGCUGUGA